AUUCACGCCUCUUCUUUCUUUCAUAUUCAGUUUGCCCUUUUUCUUAAUUAUUAUUACUUUCCUUUACCCCAUUCUCCUUCCUUAUUUUUUAACUGAUUGUCUCAUGUUUCCUUCCACGUAAUGUCAAACCUGAUCGCGUUCAUCUUUCCGAGCGGCGCCCAUGCACUAAUGCUGCUCGCCUUUGCCGCUCUAUUGUUCUUCGCCGUACCUACUGAUAUUAUCACCACCACCACCGCCCCUGACGACCUUUACCAAAUAGCUUCGUUAUUACAGCGACGCGAUUAUGCAGUUGCCAUGGUCAAAAAGUACAUUGCCGAGGCAGGGCAAAUCACCAGUCAAGUGCUGCUUCCUCUAGCACUCCAUUGGUUUGAGCAUGUGCGAGUAAGUUCUCACUCUCUCGGACACUUGUUUCGUUGUUUGUGUGGUUAUUAGCCGUAUUAGAAAGAGCGCAACCAAGGAAGAAGAAAAAAAGAAGGUUGCUGUAACGUAGCACACGAACUUUUCUUAAAAGCAAAACGUUACAUGCGCCUAUUCGCGUAAAAAAGUCAAGAAGAAAAAGUUAGCAUGGUGAUAAGCUAAUAAGUUUCUGUAAUGGUGACACUGUAGAGCUGUAUCAGUUCGUCGCUUCC